GAUCCUCAAGGAGCAGCACGAGGACCGCGUGGACCACGUCCCCAAGGACCGCGAGGCGCUGCUGGAGCGCGAGUUCCAGCGCGUCACCAUCUCCGGGGAGGAGAAGUGUGGGGUGCCCUUCACCGACCUGCUGGACGCGGCCAAGAGCGUGGUGAAGGCGCUGUUCCUGCGCGAGAAGUACAUGGGGCUGUCCCUGCAGAGCUUCUGCAAGACCACAGCCCGCUUCCUGCAGGAGCUCUCCGAGAAGCCCCUGGAGACCCGCACCUACGAGGAGGUGCCCGAGACCCCCGUGGCUGCCGAUGCUGCCGUGCACCCCCCCUUUGCGGAGCAGCACCCCUACGAGAAGUGGGACCCCCAGAGCAUGCCGGCCGACCUGGGCUUUGGGUUGAAGAUGGUGGACGGCGUGGUGCACGUCUACACCAAGCAGGACCUCACCGACAAGAGCACGGAGCUGGACCUGCCCUACCCCGACCUGCAGGAGUUCAUCGCCGACAUGAAUUUCCUGAUGGCUUUGAUCAUCAACGGGCCCAUCAAAUCCUUCUGCUACCGCCGCCUGCAGUACCUGAGCUCCAAGUUCCAGAUGCACGUGCUGCUCAAUGAGAUGAAGGAGCUGGCGGCCCAGAAGAAGGUGCCCCACCGCGACUUCUACAACAUCCGCAAGGUGGACACUCACAUCCACGCCUCGUCGUGCAUGAACCAGAAGCACCUCCUGCGCUUCAUCAAGAGGGCCAUGAAGAAGCACCUGGACGAGAUCGUCCACGUGGAGAAAGGCAAGGAGCAGACGCUCAAGGAGGUCUUUGAGACCAUGAAUCUCACCGCCUACGACCUCAGCGUGGACACUCUGGACGUCCAUGCGGAUCGCAACACUUUCCACCGCUUCGACAAGUUCAACGCCAAGUACAACCCCAUUGGGGAGUCCAUCCUGCGGGAGAUCUUCAUCAAGACGGACAACCGCGUCUCGGGGAAGUACUUCGCCCACAUCAUCAAGGAGGUGAUGUCCGACCUGGAGGAGAGCAAGUACCAGAACGCCGAGCUGCGCCUCUCCAUCUACGGCCGCUCCCGCGACGAGUGGGACAAGCUGGCCUGCUGGGCCGUCAACCACCGCGUCCACUCCAACAACGUCCGCUGGCUGGUGCAGGUGCCCCGGCUCUUCGACGUCUACCGGACGAAGAAGCAGUUGGCCAACUUCCAGGAGAUGCUGGAGAACAUCUUCCUGCCCCUCUACGAGGCCACCAUCCACCCUGCCCAGCACCCCGAGCUGCACCUCUUCCUGGAGCACGUGGACGGCUUCGACAGCGUGGAUGACGAAUCCAAACCCGAGCAUCACAUCUUCAACCUGGACAGCCCUCUGCCGGGGAACUGGGUGGAGGAGGACAACCCGCCCUACUCCUACUACCUGUACUACAUGUACGCCAACAUGACGGUGCUCAACCACCUCCGGCGGAAGCGAGGGUUCCACACCUUCGUGCUGCGCCCACACUGCGGCGAGGCCGGCCCCAUCCAUCACCUCGUGUCGGGUUUCAUGGUGUCAGAGAACAUCUCGCAUGGCUUGCUGCUGCGCAAGGCCCCUGUGCUGCAGUACCUGUACUACCUGGCGCAGAUCGGCAUCGCCAUGUCCCCGCUGAGCAACAACAGCCUCUUCCUCAGCUACCACCGCAACCCCCUCCCCGAGUACCUCUCGCGGGGGCUCAUGGUCUCCCUCUCCACCGAUGACCCCCUCCAGUUCCACUUCACCAAG